ACGAUGCUGACCGAAAUCGAGGUCUCAGGCCGUUCCUGUCGGCAGAGUCCCGCCGCCCUGAGCGAAGCAUGACCACCGGUGGUCACUGGCCUCACCAGAGUGCAGAGCAGCCCCAGGAGGACCCCUCAGCCAGCCCUCUGACACGGAUUAAGUUUAACCCCACUGUGCAACACAUCGUGAUUAACGAGCACAAGGAGGUCACGUUUAAUUGCUCCAUCAAAGUACCUUGGGUCCUGCUCCGGUCGGAUGCCCAGGGCAUUUCCUUGUGGAAGGACGGAAGGGAGCUGAAUGUCCUGGACCGCAUCGCCACCAGGCACUUUGAGAUCUCUGACGAGGAGGAGGUGGCAAUGACCUCCACCUUCAGCAUCCUUGCCGCCCAGCGCUCGGAUAACGGCUCCUACGUCUGCAAACUCAACAUCUCUGGCACAGAGGUGGUGUCAGAUCCCAUCUUGGUGCAGCUGGAAGGGCUCCCUCACUUCAUUCGUCAGCCCGAGAAGCUGAAUGUCACCAAGAACAGUCCCUUCAACCUCACGUGCCAAGCCGUGGGCCCGCCGGAGCCUGUGGAGAUCUACUGGUUUCGCAACAACAUCCAAGUCAAUGAGAAGCCCCACAUCUCCCCAUCAGUCCUGACCGUGCCAGGUCUUAACGAAACGGCGCUGUUUAGCUGCGAAGCUCACAACAGUAAAGGACUGACCGCAUCCAGCCCGGGGCAGGUCAACGUGAAAG